CGCCCGCAUUACGUCAUGACGUUGUUGUUGGCGGUAUUUUUGUUUGGCAUCUACAAUGUUUAGUGCCAAAUUCGGGUGUAACAUUCACUUAAAAGAAAAGCUAUAGAUGCUUCAAAAUGAAAUAAUUCUGGCAGACACAGAGGCUAAUGAUGAUCAGUCAAAUGAGGCAGUGAAUCGCCUGAUUGCAAUCACAUCUGAGCUAGAGCAAUGGCAAGAAAUGGAACCAAAAUUGCUGACAACAAAUCCUGAAGUCUUACUAGCGGUUGGUAAAGAAGAGUUGCAGAGACUCAACAGUCAACUUAAAAUGGUCCUGUCAUGCUCACAAGCAAAGCUGGAUGCCCAGAAAAAGAUUUUGAAAAGGGAGCAGACAUGGCAAGCAGAGAAGAAAGAAGCAUUGAAUGCAGUGUGUGAGAAAAUCACCAGAUUACAGCGUGAAAACGAGAAAUCAGAGCACAGCAUUUUGCAGGAUAUGAAAAGAAAAAUUAACAAUCUAAAGGACUAUCACAGCAGUCUCAUGGAAAUGCUGAGCGACAUGUUAGCUGAGCACUUCCCACUUCCUGAUCCCCAAGGAAACGGCACAAAGAAAAAAAGAGCUGCUGCAUAUGAUGCAGAGAUUAACCUGAUUUCACUGAGUGAGAUUAUCGAGAGAUUGACCAAUAAAACUCUCAUCAAAAAACCUCAUGACCCUUAUGUGACUACUGAUGACACUUUCUGGCCACCAUACACAGAAAUGCUUCUUCGCAACGGUAUUGCAACACGACAUCCAGAAGAUUGCAAUAAAAUCCGUCUGGAAAUGUUUUUUUGA